AUGCGGGGCGAGGGCGAGGGAAUUAGGUGCUUCAAACUAUUCCAUGCUUCAAUAUUUGCUGUGCUAAUUUUGUUGCAAUGUUGCAACCAUUCCCUAUCCCUUGAUUUCAAUAAUAUUUCUUCUGGAGUAGUUGGCCACUGGGAUAUUGCUAAGGUGCCCAAGGUGAUCAGGUGCAUACAGAGAGAAAAGGAAGCACUCCUUGCUUUCAAACGAGACGUCGUGGAUAGCAACAAUCGCCUCUCUUCGUGGGGAAGCGAAGCCCAAAAACAAGAUUGUUGUGCAUCAUGGGAAGGAGUCUACUGCGACAAAUAUACCGGCCACGUUGUCAAACUUGAUUUACAUGGAGGAUUUCUUCCUCUUGGUGGUCGAUUAUCAAGUCAGGUUGGAAACCUUACCCACUUGCAAUAUCUCGAUCUCAGCUUCAAUAAGUUUGCUAGUGUUGAAAAUCUUAAUUCAUGGCUCCCUCGCCUUUCAUCGUUAACCUAUUUGGAUCUCAGUUGGAGCAAUCUCAGUAAUUCUUAUGACUGGCUGGAAGCUAUUAAAAUGCUCCCUAAACUUACAAACUUGUCAUUGGCUGGAUGUGGUCUUCCUUCUCCUCUUAUUCAUUCCAGUACUCUUUUUAACAUAAAUUCUUCAAAAUCUCUUGCUCAUGUUGAACUCUUUUCCAACCAACUUACUUCUUCAAUAUUUGUAUGGUUGUCAAACUACAAUGCCAGCCUUGUUCAUCUUGACCUCUCUUUCAACCAAUUAGUUGGUUCAAUUCCCCAUGUUUUAGGAAACAUGAGCUCUCUUGUUCAUCUUUACCUCUCUUACAACCAAUUAGUUGGUUCAAUUCCCUAUGUUUUAGGAAACUUGAGCUCUCUUGCCAUUCUUGAUCUCUCUGGCAACCAAAUUGAAGGAGGGAUUCCGCAAUCUUUUUCCAAGUUAUGUAAUCUGCAAAAAUUGGACCUUUCUAACAACACUCUGAGUGGGCUUCAAAUAUCAAUGUCUGCAUGCCCUGAUCAGAACUCAUUAGAGAUUUUGAACCUUGGAAUGAAUGCUCUGGAAGGGGUGGUUUCAGAAAGCCAUUUCUCCAAUCUCUCCAGAUUAACAUAUUUGGAUUUGUCCUCCAACUCACUAGCUUUAAGCUUCAAUUCUAAUUGGGUUCCUCCCUUCCAAUUGGAAAGCAUAGAUUUGGGCUCUUGCAAGAUGGGUCCACAUUUUCCUAAAUGGCUUCAAACUCAGAAAAAUUAUCAGGUUCUUGAUAUUUCUAAUACAGGAAUUUCUGAUAUCCUUCCAAGUUGGCUAUGGGAAAUGAUGUCUCAUUAUACAGAAAAAACAGAGUAUGUAUAUAUAGAUCUCUCCAACAACCAAAUUAGAGGAAUAAUACCCAAUUCAAGAUUUGAGUUUCCCUCAUCUUCCUUUACUGAAGUGAAUUUGAGUAAGAAUCAAUUGGAAGGUCCAAUCCCUUCGUUCCUUUCCAAAGCGUCAUCGCUCGAUCUCUCCAACAAUAAGCUUUCAGGGUUAAUUUCUUUCUUGUGCCCAUACAAGGUUAGUAAUUUAAUCUAUCUUGAUCUCUCAAGCAACAAUUUACACGUACAACUUCCUAAUUGUUGGACAAAUUUUGCAAAACUAGGCAUUCUUGAUUUGAGUAACAAUGCUCUUUUUGGGAAAAUUCCUACCACAAUGGGCUCUUUAUUUUCAAUUCAAACAUUGAAGCUGAAUAAGAAUAGAUUUGUGGGAGAAUUGCCUUCAUCUUUGAAGAAUUGUACAAGCCUCGUAGUCUUUGAUGUUGGAGAAAAUAAUUUAUCAGGAAUGUUACCUGAAUGGUUAGGGGUUGGACUUCCAAUGUUGGCUAUCCUUAUUCUCCGUUCUAAUCACUUUUAUGGAAACAUUCCCCUACAGUUAUGUAAUCUAAAACAAAUUCAAAUUCUAGAUCUUUCGAUAAACCAUAUCUCUGGAAGUAUACCCAAAUGCUUCAACAAUUUGACUAAAUUGACAGAAAUAGGAAAUUCAAAUCUAACUGUCCAUCUUGAGUAUGGCGAGACCAUGAGCAACGGUUACUGGAGCAGUAUUUAUGAAGAUGAAGUAUCCUUGAUCUGGAAAGGCGUAAUGUCCGAAUACAAAAGUACUCUGGGGCUUGUCAAGAGUCUUCAUCUAUCGAGCAAUCAGUUAACUGGGGAGAUUCCUAAUGAAAUCGCUGAUCUUGUUGGGUUAGUUUCUUUAAACUUGUCGAGAAACAAUUUAACAGGUCAAAUAACUCCAGAGAUCGGGAAGUUGCAGUCAUUAGAUUCGCUUGAUUUGUCAAACAACCAAAUACAUGGUACAAUUCCAACAAGUCUCUUUCAAAUAUCUGGCCUUGUUGUGCUCUCCCAUGGAAACAAGUCCAGAGGAGCCACCCGUGUUCAGGGAUCAAGUUGA